AUGUCGUCUCUUCCUCCCGACCCUUACAAGAUCCUCGGUGUAUCCAAGGACGCCCAGCUGCCAGAAAUUCGAUCCGCUCACCGGAAGCUGGUCUUGAAGUGCCACCCCGACAAGGUCCAAGAUCCCAAGUUAAAGGAGGAGAAACAGAAGGAAUUCCAACAAGUCCAACAAGCCUAUGAGUUGCUGAGCAACGAAAACGAAAGGAUUAGAUACGAUGAUAAAGUUAGACUUGAAGAGCUGAGAAGAGAUAGAGGUAUGACGUCGACUUCAACGUCGUCACCUCGCUCUUCGAAGCGCCAUGAGACAAAAUACUAUGAUGUACGCGAAGCAGAGCCGCGACCAUCGACCUUUGCGGCCUCCACCAGCCCCCACAAUGUUUAUUCCCACACACCUCCGUCGCGUUCCUUUGACGAGGAGAUAUAUGCUAGGAGAUUUGAGGAAAAGCCCCGCUCCGCGAGAAAAGCUGCGAGCUAUGAAUAUGAGAGAGAGAAGCCAUCUAGGAAAGAGAGCGAGCGUCAAAGACGGAAGGAGGAUGAGGAGUGGACUCGCGAAAAGGAGAGAGAAAGAGAAAGACUUAGAGACAUCAGAUUGAUGGAAGAGAAAAGGGAGCGUGAACGUGAACGUGAACAGCGAGAACGUGAUGCGUUGAGAGAAAAAGAAAAGGAGGCAGCAGCCAAGAAAGAGAAGGAUCGGCGUAAGGAGGAGCGAAAAGAGGAAAAGAAGAAGACAGAGAAGGACCGCCGCAAGGAGUCCGAUGAGAAGCACCGCCGCCACAAGACCCCGUAUGUGGAGACGUAUCCGGACGACCGGGAAGAAGUUAUUUACUCGACAUCUUCAUCAUCCAAGACGGACAAGAAGAAGUCUAGCAGUAGCCGAAAGUAUGACGAAGUCCCGGAACCACCGCAGUCAUCACAGCCGCCACCAACCACGGAGCGAGAGAGGAAGAACUCGGCUAAUUUGGAAUCUGCAAUUCGAUACUUGAACAGGUCGGGCGCGAAACCCCCGUCCCUCGCCCGGGCGCAAACGUACCAUGACUCUGUCAGCAGUGGUAUGCGGCAUAUAGCCCCAAUCGCCGUCCCAACACCACCGCCUGCUGCCGCAGCGGCUUUCCCGCCCCCACCCCCAGCUGAUAUUAGAGAUGCAUCGCUAGAAGAAGACGGGGUGAAAAGGUCGUCGGCAAGGCCUCGCCGCAUGUCGCAUGAUACCCCUAGGUCGUCGAAGGAGAAAUCCUCGCACAAGAAAUCCGGAUCUUCCAGGGAUCCAAUUAUCGUGGAUGCUGCAUCUCCUACCUCUCGAAUCAUACCUACUUUCCAGAAGUCUCACUCCAUUCCCAUACCUCUUAACCGCUCUAGCACCGACUAUUCUCGUCCGCCUCCGGCGGCUGGUCUGGAGCGUGCAGCAACUUGGAUGGCAGACACUGGCCAUGGUCGAGACCGAAGUCGCUCGCGUCAUGCGCGCUAUACUACGGAUGAGUCGUCUGAGGAAGAUCGGGAACGUCGACACCGUCGAAGCCGGCGAACAACGCAGUCUCCAGAGCCCAUGCCAGCACAGUCGACCAAACGAUACACAGUUACCGCCGGGAAAACCGUCCCAAUACAAGAACUUUACCUAGCUGAAGAAUCGCCUAGGAACUCUAAAAGGACUUAUGCCAUGCCUAAUACUUCUGUGCGCCGCGGCGAACCUCCAGCAAGUUACUAUGAUGACGUUUUCGAAGAGGAGCCACAACCAAUAUUCCCGAGCGUCAAAUACUCAGCGACGUUUGAUGCCAAUGAAAUUAACUUUAGCGACGUACAGCAUUCGCAUCAUCACCGAGAAGAGGUAUACUAA